GAAGGGAAAGCUCAUUAGCAGAAGACUUUCUACUACAGGACAGCGCUGCCCGUUAAAGCGGUAAAAAGUGAGAGGUAGCAGCAGUUUUUUUCGUCGUGGUGUCCAGUCGAGAAGAGGAAACACACCUGAGAGACGGACAGAGUGAAACCACCGGGGAACCACCGGGGAACAGCAGACAUGAUGUCAUGGGCACAGCCAUGUAACAGCAGGAGCUGCAUGCGUGAAUAACUCCUGCCGUCAUUCAUCCAUUUCCUCUGAGGAGCUACUGAGCAGACCAUUUGUGGAUGCUUUCAGUCCAUGAUCAGGAGACAAGAAAAUGACCUGAAUUGCACUGGAGAGUGACGGACAACCUGGUGCAAAUGUGCUGUCGAUAAUUUCCAGAUUUCACCUACAUGGCAUACACAUAUGCAUCAACACAAACAGAUAUACACAGAUAGAGUCAAGUUAUUCACACUCCCUGCCCCUCCCUUCCUGCCAUCCACCCCAGUCCUCCAUGGAUUCCUACAACUUCCACUUUGAGAGAAUGAGCAACGUGGACCUGCAUCCUUUGAGCCUGCCUGUCAGCCGGCUCUCCCCAGCCAAGUCCAACAGCAGCAUCGUUGACCAGCUCACCCACCACCAACACGGCAAAGGAGACUCUGCCUACAGCUCCUUCUCUGGUGGAUCCACUGCCCCGGACUACCCCUCUCCCUUCCUCCCGGACGAUCUGCAGCCCAGCUCCUUCAACCACUAUGCUGAUCUCAAGUAUGUGAAGGCCAUUUACCACCCUAGCCAGGUUCUGCAGUCCAAUUCAAAGACCAUGGACCAGCUGUAUCGCUCUAUGGAGGUUAUCUCACAACAGUAUCGCCAAACUAACAAUGCUGACCACAAUAGCCACAAUGGCAAUGCUGGCCAUACUAACAACAACACAUUCUGUAACCAAGAGGCCACCUUAGUGGCUCCCUCCCAAAACCCUUAUGCUGCUCUUCGUCCUCCUCCACCCCCAGCACGCCUUGAUAGUUUCAUAGCCACAAGGAACCUGGAGAACAGCUGGGCCCACCACCACGGUACUGACUCACAACCCCAGCAACCCCAGCAACAACAGCAGCCAAGGUCUCAUUCUCAGCCCAAUCCACAGUCUCAGCCUCUGAAUGCCCCAAGACCUCAGAUGGCUAAACCAGAUUCAGGCAGCUCUGGUCUGAGAACUGACCCAGUCUACGGUAGUUGGUUGGGGUCCCAACAACAACAGCAACAGCCUCAGCAGUCACCUACCUACCACCCCCACCUCCAGCCUCAUGAUCAGACCAAGGAGCCGUUGAACCCAGAACACCUUUUUAUCACGGAUAACAAAGCUGCCUGUGAGCAGCAGAAGUCAACAAACAUUUUAAGCCGAUCACCUCCUCGAGGCAUGAGCCAGACUGAGCACCCGAAAUCCAGACAGCCUGCAAACAGCUGCGGGCAUAGUGGAGACCACUAUACCAACAACAGAGUCAGUGGCAAUCAUUUUGAGGGUCAGCGUAAAAGGGCACACUCUGCCCACAAUUGUCUUGGUCCAGAGCCAAUCCGGGCUGCUAGCACCUGGAAUGUUGGUCAGAACUUUAUCAACAGCAGCAUCCAGCACAAGGGUCAGUUCUAUUUUGUCACUGGUGUGUGUAAACGGUCCGAAACUGGAGUGAGGACACAAUCUGCAUCUCCAUGUGUGUCUGAGGCUGAGAGUGAGAGCUCCACUGUGGUGGAGACACAUCUGCCAAGGGAGAAAGAGAGAGGGAAAGCGAGAUGUCACAGUACAAUGGAUAAUCUUUUUAGGCCUCUCCAAGAAAGGCCUCACACCUACAGUGAUAUAAUUCCAAAUGAUACCCAGUGCCAGGACCCUGUCUCUGGUUGCCAGGAUGUGGAGAACCAGAGACCCUCUUCUAUCUUGACACAGUCAUCCCGCAGUUUCGAUGCCUUAGAACAACUCCACAUGACCCAGAAUCGAGAGAUAGGCCGCCACACUGCCAACAACCCUAUAUUUUACUGUGGACCAGAGAAAAACUGCCAUCAAUCAUCAACCCCACAAGCUGAGGAGGUCAUAUCACUGAUCAGCAACGAACAGCCCAAUAAUCACAAGAGAGAAGAUCAGGUGAAGAGAGGGAGAAGGCAGCCCUUGGGGGAUGUACCCAGCGAGAGGAUAAAUAAGGAAACAACCCCACUUCUGUACCACCUCACUGGAGCUAGCAGAGUGGCACUGAAGCCUAAAAAAGAUGAUUUCAGUAUGAAAGGCAAAGAAGCAAUCCUAAAUAAAACUGGUUAUGUAGCAGUCACUGUUAAUGGAAAUGAGAGAUCUCCACAGGGUGAAAUGGACAAAGAAGAUAGAGGGGAGGUUAUCUCACAUGUUUGUAACACCAUUGAUGACUCAUUCAAAAAGUACUACAAGGAGAGGCUGAAGGAUGCUCAAUCUAAAGUCUUAAGGGAGACGUCUUUUAAACGGCGGGAUCUGCAGCUCUCAUGGCCACACAGGGUCAGACAAAAACCUGAGCUGAGACCUAUGGUGAUUCAUGCUUUCUCCUCAUCGCAAGACUCUGAAACUUCAACAGAUACACUCACCGCCUCUGUGACCUCUGAGGAAACAGAGAGAGAGAGUGUGAAGGAAGAAGUAAGAGAUAAAGACAGGGAGAAAGAGAGCGAAAAGGUAAAUGGGAGGCCAGUAAAUGUAGCACAGCCCCAGGUGGCACGCAUUGGAGGCAGAAGGCGCUUGACUCCAGAGCAGAAGAAGAUGUGCUACUCUGAACCAGAGAAGCUCAACCAGCUUGGCGGUACCCCUAACCACUCAUCUUGUCGUUCCCUUGGUAAUGACACUGAGAACUUCUUUGCAGAACAGUAUGAGGGGAAGGAACCCAUGCAGGAAGGAGAACAGGGAUUGGUUGCUGCAAGGAGGAAGAUGUUUGAGACCAGAGGCCGGGCUCUCUCAGCUUCAAGCCUAUCUAAGACAAACCUAAAACACCUACAACACAAGGCCCUGGUGGAGUACAUGGAGCGGAAGACAGGCCAGAAAGUGGCUGAACCCCAGCAGCCAGGGUCUCAGCUACCACCACCGCCUAGACAGAGGCACUCCCUGGGGGAGAAGCCAUUUGAUUGGGUCCCUAGGCCUCUGUCGGGAUGUCCUGAAAAUAAAAGCCCCAAGAAGAAACUCCACAGGCCUCACUCUGCAGGCCGCAUCCUUGACUCCUCUACCAGCUCCAUCAGGUAUGCCCAGUUCCUCUCAGCACACUCUGGUUCAGUCAAAUCUGGUGACCAGUCCCAUCAACCCAACUGGAGGGAGAACAAGCAUCCAUCUCAGGGGAAGUCUGCCUCAGUGGAGAGUCUGGUGGACCAGCCAGAACCACCUAGUUUCUUCAGGAACAGAUCCACAUCCACACCACAUGCAUUUCAGGCCCAUGGCUGUGAGAAGGAUCCAUCACCAGUGAAUACUAUGGAAACAUCCUGUCUCCAGAAAAACACUAAUGAGGACACCUUGGUGAGGCCAGCGCCUGAGGGGCAGCAGCGUGUCCGUGUGGUUGCUCAGAGGGGCAAGUCCAUGGAAGAACUUGGAACAUCAAAGCACACAAGACCUUUGGCUCUGAGUAAGAGCACUGAGCAGUUGGACCAGCUGUCGAGUCGUUCAGCCCGGCCAGGAGGGAUGCUUGGACUGGACAGAGAGAAAAGGAGCAUGUCAUUGUUUAGGGAGAGCUUAGGAGGGAAAGCUCAGGGGCAGGAAGGGGAGAGAGGAAAGCAGUUGUGGUCAGAGGCAGAGCGAGCAAGACAGGGACAAGAGAACAUUGACCAGAAUAACGCUCAGGGACAGACCCAAAACCAAACCCAGAACAACCUCCUAUUGAAGCAGGAUUCAACACCGCUGCAUAGCAGUGAGGAGGAUGCUGGGCCUCUCACAACUGCAGGAACCAAGAACUUGAGCAGGUCCUCCUCCCCAGUUUCCACCUCCGUUUCUCGAGCCAGAGUCCAUUCUGGAUCUCCUGGAUCCCAAAGGGCUGCCACAGAUGAGCUCAGGCUCAGCAGACCAUGCAGCGAGGCCUCUAACCCACCGUCCCCCAGAAGUCAAGAGACCAGUGAGAGACGGGUUAAAUCCACUUCUGCCAAGCCCAACCAAACAAAGCUUUCUCAUGAAAACAGGACUAGCACCAGCAGAGUGAGAACAUCCCCCUCGGUGACUGCAUCAGAGCGAGAGCAGUCAGUGGAUGAACCCAGCAUUGUCACCACACCCUGUGAUUCAAAUCAGGAAGUGUCUCUGAGCUGCGGCGUCACAACAGAUCCCUCAUUGUGGAUACUUCCUCCUGAAGAAGGAAUCAAAGAGGAUAUCCAGAACACACCAUUAACAGAUGAUGUGUUUGCAGAUGAGUCCACAAGUUCAGCCCCUCCAGCACCAAAAAGUGAAAUCUCUGUGUCUCCCUCCACCUCAGUCUCUGAUGCAGACACUUGUCAGCAUGUGGAGGGAGAGAAAGAUCCAGAAACAGAGGAGGAGAGAGCAGGAGAAAGCCAGGGGAUAGAAGAGAGGGGGACUCCAGAGGGAGAGAUGGAGAGCCCAGAAAAGCCUGCUGAGAAGCCUCAGUGGGAAGAGCUCGUAGAAGCAGUGGUCAAGGCCGACCAAUCACUGACCAGAGUUCUCUACCCACUGGCCAAUCGUAAGACAGCGUUAAUGCUGAUGGAGCAGCUGUUGUCAGAAGACACACUGCUGAUGGAGGAGCAUUACAAAAAGAAACAGGAGCAGAGAGGAGGUGUCGAAAGUGCCGAGAUGGUCGAAGAUGCUGAACCAUGUACCUGCCCUGCUCCUGACAGCCAGAAACCUCAGAGUCCAGAGCUGCAGAGCAAAGCUGAUAUCACAGAGAAGAAGCAUCUAUUAGUAUCCUGUAUUGAGGAGCGCCUGCGUGCGCUAGAAGAGACCCGAGCUGCCCUCCAGGUAGAGAUUCGGGAGAACAUGGCCCGUGGUGAGGUGUUGGAGGUGCUGGUCAGGGAGCAUUGCCUGCCUGUGGAGCUGGAGAGGUACAACCUGUUCAUCGGAGACCUGGAGAGAGUGGUCAGCCUCCUGCUGUGCCUUUCUGCUCGCCUGGCCAGGGUACAGAAUGCACUGAGCACCGUGGACCAGCACACAGACGCUGAGGAGAAGCAAUCUCUGGACAACCGCCACCGCCUGCUGUGCAAACAGAGGGAGGACGCCAAAGAUCUGAAGGAUAACCUGGACCGCAGAGAGAGCCUGGUUUCCACCUUCCUGUCACGUCAGCUCUCAGCCGAGCAGCUGCAGGACUACCGGCGCUUCGUCCAGACCAAGGCCUCGCUGCUCAUCCGUCAGAAGGACCUGGAGGAGAAGCAGAGGCUGGGCGAGGAGCAGCUGGAGGCCCUCCACGGCAGCCCGAAUCUAUAAAGGAGACAGGAGAGGAGCAAAAAACAAACAAAACAAACAAAAAAAACUAUUGACUUGUGGGACUCACAGCUUGUUCAAAAACUUCCCCUGCCUGUCCCUCUCUUUUUUUUUUGUCUUUUUCCACACUAUAGUGCCAGGGUUUAAGCGUACUUUCCUGGCUCAGUUUGCCUCCUAGAGACACAGGACACGGUGGAGCGGAUUGUAACUCGUCCAGCUAUUUUCAUACCAAUAUCUCAGACCCUUUUGCACACAAUAGGGAAGAACCUUCUUAAUGCCGUGCAUGCUCAGGAGUCGACCCCCAGGAGGAAAACGCAACUCAGAGGGCAGUGAAGGCGGUGAAUGCCUAAGUCUACAUCCUGCUCUGUUUUAAGCCUAAUCCCGCCAUGAGAUUCUUUGUUCUUAAACAGAGUUGCGUAUGGUACUGUAGGUGCGCCUUCCCGUCAUGCCGUUCUGCUCUGCUUUCAUUAUGACUAUAAGUGGUACAUGAGGUGAACUAUCAAAACUGCUCUACUUCUGAUUAAUUAGGACCACCCUUCAGUUUAUAAAGCUCGAUGCCUCUCUGUGAUCUACUCAGCAGUUCUUGUGUUGGACACUCGGCCUCCUUCCCUCCGCCCACGCCUGUUCUCAGUCAGUGCAGUCUCUGCAGAAAUGUAUUUGAAGAGGUGUACUCGUCUAUAUAAGUCUACAUGUGUCCUUUUUACUUUGAAGAGAGGACUAAACUUUGUUUCUGUGUGCCUUGAUAUUGCUGUGGAAUGUUGCAAGUUAGAGCUGCUGUGUGGAAAUUUCGUGUCCCCUUGUGUAGCAACUCGGCAAACUGUCCUGUACUUUUCAUGAAGAUCGUAGCGCUACAGUCCCAUGUCUGCAACUAUGGAAACCUAUCAUAAGCUUUAAGAUUGUAUUUUGACCAGUAAGAUGUUGGUGAAUGAGGCUAGCCUGGAAGAGGGUGGUGUACUGUAUAAUCUCAGUAAAAAUGUACAAUAGAUAUAGAAUUUUUAAUGUUCUUGUUCUUAAAUGUUUCAAAUUAAGGCACUAAAAACCAAAAAAGGUGAAUGAAAAAAAGCACUUUGUAAUGAUACAUAAAUGCACAUUUCCUCAAAUCAGAUUUGUUUUCAAAAACACUUUUUUAAUUUCAAAGUCAAAGCCUUAACUCCAUCCAGUUACCCAAGGUUUUUCUUUUACUAUGUUUUUGUUUGUUUUUUAUUCAUUGUGAAUAGGAACGUUGUAAUGAUGGGUGUUAAAUGGUACAUAAGCACAUUCAGCAACAUUAAGGAUUAUGUACUUCUGGCUGUUUUCAUGCUUCAAGUUAUUAAGUCUUGAUGAUUUCAUGCUGAAAUAGUUUCACAUACAGAGGUGCUAAACCUCUUAAAACCAGAUUAUAAGUAAGUAUAUCACAGAGUAUUUUGUCCCAUUGCCCCAUUGUCACAAAUACUUGAAACACUUUUUUCUUGUUGUUGAGAAUUAAGAAAGUCCACAAUCUUCAUUUCAGGUGUCUUAAACUAUUUUUUACUCUCUACCUCCACAAUGUAGGCCCUUUUGAGUUUCUCUAAGUCCAAUAAUUUAUUGGAAUUGACACAGUAGCCUUUAGUUAAAAAAGCUCUUCUUGGUAACCCUGCAUUGAAUAACCCACGGUCUUGAAUGAACAGACAUUCCCCCAAUAUUUUUUUUAAGAAUUUCACUCACGUGUGAUAAAUGCCUCUGUUUGUGCAUUAUUACUUUUGAUUAGUUUUUCUAGUUGUAUUAAUGUCAAAUUCCUUUUUCUUUUUAUUCAAUAUUCAACCAGGCACAAAGGAGAGAUCGUUUUAGGGUGAUGUGUGUGUUUGCUCUACAUCACAGUUUGUGCAUAUGUGUGUUUGAGAUGAUGAAUGAAUGUGUAUUAAUUAUGUGUGUGCGGAAACCCGUUGUGGAACAAAGACAGGACUCUUGGUGUUUGCUGUGUUAGUUUUCAAUAAAGAAAAAUCCCAUUAAUUUACAUAAUGAUCAAAUUGUUAUCGUCCCUCAGGAAACUGCAAUUAGAGAGUUGCAUCCAACUUGUGGGUUAUCUGGUGUGUGUAUAAAUAUAUUUAUGUGAUAACGUGUCGACAGAGUGGCAGAGCGGCUUCUGCCCACCCUUACUGAAGUAAAGAAUUCACUCACCAACAAAAUGCUGAAAUUAAUCUCCCUGCAAAAUGUCAAAUAAGUGGACCGGCUCUAAAAAUUGGUGUCCCCUGAGAACCUAAGAGCCUCCUACCCUGAAAAUACAUCGUCGUGUUUUCUGCUAAACAGUUUCACCACCACCACCACCAGCCCUAAACAUUUCUCCGGAGAAUUCAGACUCCGUCCAUUUCAGUUUGCUAAACAAAUGUGUGUUUGUUUUGGCCUUUGUACAGACGCAGGGCCGCAGGGUUCGAAAUGGUGCGACUAUCAUGUUGUUCCCCGUAGCCGGCAGGAAUUCCUUAGGCAUGAAAAAGACCAACACUUUGGAGAGUGGGAGAGAGAGAGAGAGAACGCUUGGGGGCAGAAAAACAAGGAGAGAAAGUGAGAAAAACGCUCCCACAAAGGAGCAGCUCAUUGUUACUUUCAUAAAUGCUCAUUUUAGGUCUGUCAUGUACGCAUACAAAAACAUAAAAUCUGGCAACUUCUCAUCAUUUGGUUGAAACACUGUUUUGUUAAGGUCACAGGGACAGGGCCUCAUGUUUAUUUGGUUUGGUGUUUGGUUUCAAACAGUGGAGGAGAGCGACACUGAUAUGAAUACAAACUGUCUUACAGCCAAGGAGGACAGAUGUAUUUUGAAUUUCACUCAGUCAGUCCCAGCUGUUGAGAUGGCAGCACAGACAUUUAUACAUAAACUUCAUGUGCUACACUUUUAAAAUCCGUUUCUUUGUUUGGAGCUUUUUCUGUGGAGAGUUUGAGUUAAAAUUGUUGUUUUUUGUGCCUGUUUGGAGUUGUGAAUUCCACGAUGUUUGUAAUAUUGUGAAUAAAUUAAGCUCUCUCCUCA